AUGGGCGGUAAAGGUAAGAAAAAGCCCGGAAAGCCUGGAGAGAAAGGAUCCGGAGAUAAACCGGCAGCCGGAGGAGGAGGAGGAAGCGGUGGCGGCAGUGCCAGUGCCGGCGGUGGCGAAGAUGACGAAGUUGACGAGGAAGAAUCGGAAGCCAAACCGAAGAAAGGCAAGGGCAAAAAGGGGAAAGGCAAAGGGAAAGGUUCGUCCAAGUUUCAGGGCGAUCUGUUCAGCGAGGCAGCCAUGGAGAAUGCCUACUACGUGUGUCAUAAUAUUCAGGAUGUGCUGAAGUCGCGUGGCUUUGCCUGGCCAGAGGGACAGAAAAAGAAAAAGAAGGGCAAAAAAUAAACGCCACCACGCGUGUCCAUGGAAACG